UUGAGAUUCUUUUCAUUCAGCACGACAAUUUGAACAUGAUGACAUCUCCUAAGUUCGUCUUCUAUCUGACAUGUUUAUUCUUGGGAAAAAUGGCUCAGAUGACUAAUCUGAAAUUUGUUCGUCAAGAGAGUGGUUUUGUAUCGGUCAAAACAGGGGACAACUUGACUUUGCGAUGUUUCUAUGAAGGUGAUGUUGCAGCAAGAUUUUACUGGUACAAACAAACUCUGGGACAGAAACCAAGACUCAUCUCUACCUUCUAUAAGUACGAAAGAAAUGGAACUUUUUAUGAUGAAUUCAACAGCAAUCCACGCUUCGCACUGGAUACUGAAAAAGGUAAAAAUCACCUGAAGAUAACAUAUCUGCACGUUUCAGACUCAGCUACAUACUACUGUGCGAGUAGUCAAUUGUACAAAUUCAAAUUUGAGGAGGGCACUACUGUCAGUGUAAAGGGUUCAGGUUUGAACAUCCAAGCUUCGGUCCAUCAGUCAGCAUCUGAGACCAUCCAGCCAGGAGGCUCUGUGACUCUGAACUGUACAGUACACACUGGGACCUGUGAUGGAGAACACAGCGUUUACUGGUUCAGGAACUCUGAAGAAUCUCAUCCAGGACUCAUGUACACCCAUGGAGGCAGGAAUGAUCAGUGUGAGAGGAAACCCAACACACAAACACACACCUGUUUCUACAACUUGCCACUGACGAGUCUGAAUCUUUCUCAUGCUGGGACCUACUACUGUGCUGUUGCCGCAUGUGGACACAUACUGUUUGGAAACGGGACCAAGCUGGACUUUGAACAUAAGGGGGACUCUCUUGUCAUGGUGUAUUUCUUGAGUGUGGCUUUGGCAUUCACCACCAUCCUGAGUGUUUUACUGGCCUUCUCAAUGUGUGUAAUCAACACGAGAAACAACUACAAAUGUACAGAGUCUCAAGCAAGAUUUUCAGCUCCCUCCCCAACAAAUGCAGAGGGUGACCAAAAUGAAGAAAACAUUCAUUACGCAGCUUUAAGGGAACACAAGGUCAACAGAUCCAGAAGACAAAAGAACAACACCAAGACUGAAUGUGUAUACUCAAGUAUAAAGCAGUAGAACUGUACAUGUUUUGUAAAAAGUUUCCUCAUGGUGAUCAAUAAAGUUU